AUGAAUGACAUUACCAUCUUACAACAAAUGGCGGAGAUUUUAUUGGGUUUCGACCAAAAAAAUGGCGGUUAUGGGCCUACUUUUGGCCCAACUGCCAUUCAUUCUGCCGUAGUGUCUGUCGGUGCGAAUAAAGGAUACUCAUUGGUGACAAGCAGAACCGCUGAGCACCAUAUUAGAAAAGAUGAGCUUGAGAGAAUCGAGAGACUGGAUAUGGCUGAAAGAUUGGCAAAUACUGUGCAAGAAGAACAAAUGAUGGACGUUGAUACCCAAUACGAUCAGGCCAACUCACCUGAUUUGAAUGCUGCCACGAUGGCUGACAAUGUCUCGGUAGACAAUGAGAUCAGCGAGGUCAAUGGCAAUGACUCUGACAUUGAAAGAGACAUGAACUCUGACUCUGGCAGUGGUGAAGAAGAAGGUGUCGAGACAGACGUUGAAGAGUUUGUUAAUGAAGACCCAUUUGAUGCUCCUAACAUGCCUGAAAACCCUGUCCAUUGGUUCAUUGCUACCUUUGCCGUUCUUUUUAUCUCGCGUUAUGUUGUUAACAAAGGUGCCGCCAUAUUGAUUGAAUUUAUCAAUCAGUUACUCAAGAUCUACGGCAAAGAUUUCCAAUUACCAACAAGUCUUAUUGGCCUGCAAAGAAUGACUGGUUUUUCCAAUUACGCCAAUGGUAUCAAGAAGUCUGUUGUAUGUGAAGACUGCCACAAGGUUUACAAACAAGAUGUGCCUCUCCCUACUCAUUGCGACUUCAAAAAGCAUGGUUCUCAAUCAGCAUGCAAUUGUGAAUUGAUGAAGGUUUCAUCUUCUGGUGCCAUGGUAGCCAAGCAAUCAUAUGUCUACAACUCUAUCCAGAGAUCAUUACAACUGUAUCGCCUUGGAUACUUUGAUCUAGUACGUGGAAUGAUCAUCGAUCCCAUGCAUAAUUUAUUCCUGGGGACACCAAAGAGAAUGAUGGAGCGGUGGAUAAAAGAAGGACUGAUAGACAAUAGAAAGCUAGCUACGAUGCAAACAAUGGCAGAGACAAUGGUGGUGCCAAUGGAUUACGUGGUGUUGAAAUCGAAGAUUGGAAAGGGCUUUCCAUACAUGAAAGCUGAUGAAUGGAAGUCCUGGGUGCUAGUGUAUUCACCUAUCUUGUUGAAGGCCGUCCUGCCAAUUGAAAUGUUCAGAAAUUGGAUCAGUUUUGUUGAUGCCUGCCGCCAAUUAGUAAAGCCAAGUAUCACGUUCUCUGACAUUGACAAUGGCCAUAAAUUUCUUCAAGAAUUCUGUACUGAGUGCCAGCGUAUUUACACUCCAACUAUUCUCACCUGUAACAUGCAUUUACAUCUCCAUCUUCGCGAGACCAUCCGUGAUUUUGGACCAGUAUAUGGAUAUUGGCUCUUUGGGUUUGAGCGAUAUAAUGGUCUGCUAAAGAACGUGAAUACGAACAGAAAAGAUUCCUUUGAGGUUACAUACAUGAAUAGUUUCGUCCAAGAUACAUUCAAAGGUGAUUUCGUUCAUGCUGCUCUCACAUGCCCAAGCCAAGUACCGUUUCUUCCUCUUCUUGCCAAGCUUACUGUCACAGCUCAACCCUCCACUUCAAAAAAUACAAUAACUUUUCCCCAGCGCCCGUUCAGACUAUCAGCCUUCAUCCAAGCAUACUCAAACCCUUCUCUUCCAGUCCUUGGCAAUGAACCUCUUCCUCCAUCCGCAUUUCCUCUCCAUAUCGAACCCCCAUCAGCAAUGAGUGAUGUCGACUAUCCUCAUUUGCUUGAUUACUAUAAAGUCGCAUACUGCAUGCCAAAUCUUGAAGGCAAUAAUUGGUUGGCAUACACUGGCCAAAUUCAGUAUCUGUUCUUGCACUCUUUCACUCCACCAGUAGACAACACAGAGCUCCAAACACGUGUCGUUUAUCAAGAUAAACACGUGUUUGCGUUUGUUAAAUGGUUCCAGAUUGAGCAUGACCAUUCAAGAGAGUUGGAAAGUGUUGACAUCUGCAGUGCAGAUUUUAUUGCGUGUAAUUUUGAAUGCAUCUUGCCAGUACAUCGAAUAUCAUCAGUUGUUGCAACAUGUGAUUAUAAAACCAGCACAAAUAAUAAGAAAAUACUUGUCAACGCUUUACCACACAAACAAUACAAUUAA